GGUCAAGUGGGAGCAGCUGCUGAGUGCCUACUUCCAUGGCCACUCUAUCGGCCAGGACACUCCCGUGCUGAUAGUGCAGCCACACUACUUCAGCGGCCUGAGCCAGAUCAUCUCGACCACCGACACCACUACACUGAACCACUACAUGAUGUGGCGCUUGGUGAUGAAGUAUGCACCGCACCUGGACAAGACCGUGAGGUCUCAGUAUUUUCGUUUCCAGCAGCACAUUUUUGGGGCUCCAGACGAUGAGCCAGAGGAAGAGUGGUGGGAGCAGUGCACCCGACACACGAGCCACUACCUGCGCCAUGCUGUGGGCUACCUGUACGCCACCAAGACAGCUGGCAGCCGGGUGCAAGACACCAUAAAACAGGCGGAGGCCCUCGCUCAACGAGUGAAGAAGGCGGCCAUUGAGAGUGUGGCUGAGGUCGCAUGGCUGCCCGAGAAGGGUGCACUUCGAGAAAAGCUGUCCAGCUUGGAUUUCCGUGUAGGCUAUGCUUUCAAGGACAAGCCACAACAGCUGGACCGCUUCUACUUGGACCUCAUUGUCAAGCUGGGCUCACACCUGGAGAAUGUGUUUGAGGCUGAGCGUUUCCUAGGACGCAAGAAGGCCCUGAUGCUCAAUGACCAAGCACACCUGACUGAAGAGACGGCUGAAGAUGAAGCGUGGACCAUCUCGGCAGUUGACACCCAUCCCAUAUAUAACCAAGAGCUGAACACAAUUGUGGUGCCCUUGGCAGCAUUGCAGCAGCCAGUCUUCUCUCUGGAUGAACACCCGGCAUUGCAGUAUGGCUCCUUUGGGAGCCUGAUGGGCCGCCUGGUCUUCGAGUGCCUCCGUCAGGAAGACGAGAGCCUGUUCCGCAACAAUGUGACACGUGCCAGUCUGCGGGAGAAGCUGCGCUGCUUGGCCCACAGGUAUCCGGCUUUGGACACAACUUUGCCGGUCAAUGGUCCCCUGGUUGCUCCUGAGGCACUAGCCGACCUUGCUGGCAUCACAGCUGCCUUCAGGGCUUUUGAAUCCGAGACGCACGUCAAGGAGAAGCUUCCAGGGAUGGAGUGGACCCCGGAACAGCUGUUUUUCAUUGGCUAUGUGCAGUCCAUGUGUGAAGAGGUGUCUUUAAGAAGAUUACACAUCUGGAGUCUUGUCAGCAAAUCGGCACCUAAAAAGCUCAGGGUACUCCAGGCACUGCAGCAGUCACCCGAAUUUGGCCGAACAUUUGACUGCAACGCUGAAGAGUGGCAGUCCCACAUCUGCCAUGCAUGGUGACCAUCUGCCAUGCAUCUAGGCAGCUCACUGAGGCACAAAUAACCAUGGCAGCGGCAAGCCAGGGGCACCGAUACUCCCAGGAGCAGCUGGUUUGCAUUGGGCAUGGUGUGUCUAUUCGCAUGUGCCUUCGGUGCAACUGUGAGCCACUGGUGCUUUGGGAAGCCAGACGACGGGCACAUCACAACAGGAGACACCUCACACAAUGCAGACUAGCUUCUUGUAGCAGUUGCAACUCAGCAAGCUGCUCUUGGAACAAAUGCAGCUAACACUGCUGGGUGUCCACAGCAGUGCAGUUCACAGUUGGAAUGACUGUAGGUAGUAGUGUAUGUGUGAACUUUACUUACAUUGGGCUGAGGUGGUAUGCAUGUAUGUGUAUGCGUGUUUGUAGGCAUGUGAACUUUUGGCAUUUGAAAUGUCUUGUACAAAGCUCCAUUCCAAGUUUCGGCCUCAUGUUUCUGUUAAGAACCACAACAGAAUAAAUGCUUCAACAGUAUCAUCACUUUCAUGGA